CAAAAUCAAUUCAUCCCCGGUGCCGAACGCCGAACGCCAGUGCUGCGGCUGCCGAGAGUCCGGACCACAGCUCGCGCCGCCCGCCGCACCCGACCCGCGUCGCCUCGCCUCGCCUCGCCCAGGCGUGCGCUCCCUCCCUUCUCCCGCGCCGUCGCCUCCGGACCCGCUGGGCCCAGCGGGCGCCGCCCAACUCGGACGCGCCGCCGCCCUCCCGGUGUGAGGCGGAGGUGCUUGGGGACCCGCCCCCCAUGGCGAGCGCCGGCAACAGCGGCAGCGGGGACGACGAUUCAGGAGGGAAGCUCCUGGCGGAUCGCUACCAGAAGGGCGAGGUCCUCGGCGAGGGCACGUACGGAGUCGUCUUCAAGGCCAUCGACACCAAGACUGGAAAUACAGUCGCAGUAAAGAGAAUCCGGAUAGGGAAGGACAAGAAGGAAGGUGUUAACUUCACCGCAUUGAGGGAAAUUAAACUACUUAAGGAGCUGAAAGAUCCUAAUAUUAUAGAGCUGAUUGAUUGUUUCCCUUACAAGGAAAAUUUGCACCUUGUAUUUGAGUUCAUGGAGACUGAUCUGGAAGCUCUCAUAAAAGAUAAGAACAUAAUACUAUCUCCAGCUGACACAAAAUCAUAUGUCCAGAUGAUGUUAAAAGGUCUAGCGUUCUGCCAUAAGAAAUGGGUGCUACACAGGGAUAUGAAACCAAAUAAUUUACUCAUUGGUGCCGAUGGGCAGCUCAAGCUUGCUGACUUCGGUCUGGCUCGUAUGUUUGGGAGUCCAGGAAGGAACUUCACUCAUCAGGUCUUUGCUCGUUGGUACCGGGCACCAGAAUUAUUAUUUGGCUCGAAGCAGUAUGGAUCUGGGGUGGAUAUUUGGGCUGCUGGAUGUAUUUUUGCUGAACUGCUUACUCGCAGAGCCUUUCUCCAGGGUUCUAGUGACAUUGAUCAACUUGGGAAGAUUUUCGCAGCACUUGGGACCCCAAAAUCUUCUCAAUGGCCUGACAUGGCUUAUCUUCCUGAUUAUGUUGAAUACCAAUAUGUUGCUGCACCUCCACUCCGUACAUUGUUUCCAAUGGCCAGUGACGAUGCUUUGGAUCUUCUGUCAAAAAUGCUUACAUAUGAUCCAAAAGCAAGAAUCAGUGCUCAGCAGGCUCUAGAACACAGGUACUUUUCAUCGUUACCUGCUCCAACAAGACCAUCGCAGCUUCCAAGGCCACGGCGGAAAGGAGAUCAAGGGAAUAACAAGAUACCUGAUCUGAACCUGCAGGAUGGCCCUGUGGUGCUCUCUCCGCCAAGAAAGUUCCGUAGGGUGACAGCGCAUGAAGGGAUGGAAGGUAUGCACAGGGCAGAUAAGGUGGACGAGCAUCCUUCUGGGAUGAGACACACAGAUGACAUGCCCAGUCAAAGUUCUAGAAUUCCAAUGUCAGUUGAUGUUGGAGCUGUGUUUGGCACACGACCUGCACCUAGGCCAACAUUGAACAGCGCAGACAAGUCUCGUUUAAAACGGAAACUUGAUAUGGACCCAGAGUUUGGAUAUGCGGAGUAAAAGAAACAUGUUUACAUGCACCAUUCUUUUCUUACUGGAAUGUUGAUUUUUAAAAUAUUCUUUGGGAGAUAUUUCCACAAUUUACUCAGAAAAGAGGAUUUGCAUUGAAGCCACAAAAUUGCACCGAGGGAUUCUGACACAAUCAACUGAGCUGAGAGAUUAUUCUAAUUUAUCCUGAAUCUCAUAGGGCAUUACAGCUAACCAAUUCCGUAAGGAAGGCUCAAAACAGUAUGCUCUAUGGGAUGCAUGAGUGGAGAGUGAUAUGGGGAAUUGCGGGGACAGAAGCGCUUGCUCUAGUUAGAUUGUGUGUUUGUACGUGUUUAUCAAGGUUGUGCUGAAGCAUCUGAUCUAUUGGUCCUCUAUUCUCCGUGGUGUCAAUUUCCGUUCAAUUCUUGUAUGGACAUUGAGCUUUGAGCAAUUUUCAGUCACACCUUAGGUACAGUGAUUUUUAUUGUAACUAAGAGCAACUUAUAUUAUCUGACAUUUAUUGUGAGAUGAUUAAACAAUGCAUGAAGGAAAAAAAAAGAAAAAGUGGUUUUGAUUUCCU